AUGGUCGACCCAUCACCGCAAGUGAGCAACAAGAGCUCAUCACUGACCCUCAACGAAAAGGCCGGCGAGGCCGCCCCCAAGGCCAGCGACAUGUCCGAGAAGCACGGCGCCAGCUCCCCGCCCACGCGGCGGCCCUCGAUCGAGCGCAUCCCCUCGCAGCAGUCCGAGACCGACGCCAACGUCUUCCCGGACCCGGAGAACGUCAUCGAGGCCGACCUCGAGCGCGGCGGCGUCAAGCCCCAGGAGCAAGGCGCCCCUCCGGGCUUCAACCCGGCCGACUUCCCCGACGGCGGGCGCGAGGCCUGGCUCGUCGUCUUUGGCUGCUUCUGCGGCCUCUUCUGCUCCUUCGGCCUCGUCAACUGCAUCGGCGUCUUCCAGGAGUACUACCUGCGCGGGCCCCUGGCCGGCUACAGCCAGAGCACCGUCUCGUGGAUCACCUCGCUGCAGACCUGGGCCAUGGUCUUCUUCGGCCUCGUCUUCGGCCGCGUGUUCGACAUGUACGGCCCGCGCUGGCUGCUCAUCGCCGGCACCGCCACCUACGUCUUCGGCCUCAUGAUGACCAGCCUGUGCCGCGAGUACUACCAGUUCGUGCUGGCGCAGGGCAUCGUCGCCGCCAUCGGCUGCUCCGCCGUCUUCAACGCCUGCAUGAACUCGAUCGUCUCGUGGUUCUUCCGGAAGCGCGCCGCCGCCUUCGGCAUCAUGGCCUCGGGCUCCUCGCUCGGCGGCGUCAUCCUGCCCAUCCUCAUGACCCACACCAUCCCGCGUGUCGGCUUCCCCUGGACCAUGCGCAUCGUCGCCUUCAUCUUCCUGGCCCUGCUGUCCGUCACCUGCCUGACCGUCAAGAGCCGCCUGCCGCCCCGCCGCCGGCCCCUCGUCGUCUCCGAGUACCUCCAGGCCUUCACCGAGCCGGCCUACGUCAUGACCAUCGCCGGCUGCUUCUUCUUCUUCUGGGGCAUGUUCCUGCCCUUCACCUACAUCAUCCUGCAGGCCCAGAAGCAGGGCAUGGACGCCAACCUGACCACCUACCUCUUGCCCAUCAUCAACGCCGUGAGCAUCUUCGGCCGUAUCCUCCCCGGCAUCGCCGCCGACAAGCUCGGCCGCUACAACACCAUGAUCGCCAUCACCCUCCUCUCCUCCAUCGUCACCCUCGCCCUCUGGAUCCCGGGCAAGUCCAACGUCGCCAUCAUCAUCUACGCCAUCAUCUUCGGCUUCUCCUCCGGCGGCUUCAUCAGCCUCGGCCCGGCCCUCAUCGCCCAGAUCUCCGACAUCCGCAUGAUCGGCAUCCGGACCGGCACCGCCUUCGCCGUCCAGAGCUUCGGCGCCCUCACCGGCAGCCCGCUCGGGGGCGCCAUCGUCGCCGCCCAGGGCACCGGCAGCUACCUCGGCCUGCAGCUCUUCUGCGGCUUCACCAUGCUGACCAGCGUCGUCAUCUUCUCGUCGGCGAGGAUGUACCUGGCCGGCCCGAACCCGCUGAAGAAGGUGUGA